UAAUUAUUUGUGUAUCUGGAGUCUUAAUACCAAAAUUUUCUUCAAUCAACAAUCUAAAUAAUAAUGAUUCAACCAAAAUUGACGAAAAUAUAGUUGUAUAUACUCCCAAAAUUGAUGCUGUUUUGAAAAAAUUGGCAUUAUCCAUUCAAUCUUCUACUCCAGUCAUGUUAAUUGGCAAAGCUGGCUCAGGGAAAACUUUUUUAAUUAACCAUUUGGCUCAAAAAAUGUCUUAUGAUAAUUCCAUGGUAAAAAUUCACCUUGGAGAUCAAACUGAUGUCAAAUUAUUGCUCGGAACAUAUACCUCAGGAAAAGAAUCCGGUUCAUUUGUAUGGAGAGCUGGUGUUCUUACCACUGCAGUAAAAGAAGGACGCUGGAUACUAAUUGAAGAUAUCGAUAAAGCCCCUACAGAUGUGCUAUCUAUUUUAUUAACUUUAUUAGAAAAAAAAGAAUUGACUAUUCCUUCUAGAGGUGAGGUUAUCAAAGCAAAGAAUGGGUUUCAAAUAUUUUCAACCAUCAGAAUAAAUAAAGAAUUCAAUGAAAAAAGCCUCCAAAAUCAUAUUCCAGACUUGAUUGGUUUGAGAUUAUGGAAUUUGAUUGAAAUGGAAGAAUUGAAUAAAGAUGAUCUAAAAAAAAUUUUAAACUUAAAAUAUCCAUUAUUAAUAAAUUACUGUACAAAAUUUAUUGAAAUGUUUAAAAAUAUUGAAGAAAUCUAUCUUAAGACCUCAUUUAUUGGAUUUAAUAAGGGCUCGCACUUGAGACUCAUUUCUGCAAGAGAUCUAAUGAAGUUUUGCAACAGGGUUAAUUUAAUCUUUAAAAACUAUAAAGUGACGGACCCUGAUCAAAUGAUUGAGUCCUCUGCUUUUGAUGAAAUAUUCUGUGAAGCGGUUGAUUGUUUUACAAGUUCCAUUAGCGAAUCCAAAGCAUUGGCAAUAUUAAUUAAUUCAAUUGGCAGAUCACUUGAAAUUUCUACUUCGAGAAUAGAAUUAUAUCUAAAAAGAAAUGUGCCGAAAUUCUCCAAUAAUCAGCUAACUCUUUCAAUUGGGAGAGCGUAUUUAGAGAAAUAUAACAGCUAUCAGAUAAAUAACAAAAAUAUUGACGAUAGCUCAUUUGCUUUCACCAAUCAUUCUUUGAAAUUAAUGGAACAGAUAGCAGUAGCAGUACAAAUGGUAGAACCAAUAUUAUUGGUCGGUGAAACUGGUACAGGUAAAACCACUGUUGUACAACAACUCGCAAAAUUGAUUAAUAAAAAUAUCAUUGUGAUUAAUGUUUCUCAACAAACAGAAACUUCUGAUUUAUUGGGUGGAUUUAAACCAUUGAAUAAUAAAAUGAUCAUAUUGUCAUUACAAGAAAAUUUUCAUUCUUUGUUUUCUCUUACAUUUUCAUCAAAGAAAAAUGCAAGUUUUUUGAAUAUAUUAACAAAGGCUUUUAAUAAGAAUAAUCAUAAAAGAGUAAUAAAAAUUUGGAGGGAAGCGAUAAAAAUGGCCAAAACCGCAUUGAAACAAAAUGGUCAGAAUUCUAAUAAAAACAAAAAAAGAAAAACAAACAAUUUGAAUGAUUGGCUUGAAUUUGAAAAUAAUGUCAAAAGUUUUGAACAAACCAUGUCGUCUAACCAAAAUAAGUUCUCAUUUGAAUUUGUAGAAGGCUCCUUAGUUAAAGCUGCAAGAAAUGGAGACUGGUUAUUGCUUGAUGAAAUCAACUUAGCUUCUCCGGAUACUUUAGAAAGCAUUUCAGAUCUUUUAAAUGAAUCAUCUCAGGGCAGAUCAUUAAUGAUUACUGAGAAUGUUGAUAUAGUCAAAGUUCAUAAAGAUUUCAGAAUCUUUACUUGCAUGAAUCCUGCAACAGAUUUUGGGAAAAAAGAUUUGCCAUUAAGUAUACGUUCUAGAUUCACAGAAAUCUAUGUUCAUUCACCCGAUAAAGAUAUUGAUGAUUUGUUGACUAUAAUUGAAAAGUAUAUUUCAAGAUUUGCUAUAAACGAUGAGUUCAUAUGUACUGAUAUUGCUCAAUUGUAUAUGCAAGCUAAAAAUUUGGCUGAAUCAAACAAAAUUAUUGAUGGAGCAAAUCAAAAACCACAUUUUAGUAUUAGAACAUUAACUAGAACCUUGAUUUAUGUGCGUGAAAUUGUUCUUAUAUAUGGACUAAGAAGAGCGUUGUAUGAGGGGCUUUGCAUGAGUUUUUUAACAUUGUUAGAUGAAAAAUCCAAUGAAGUCUUACAGCCAUUGAUUCUUAAAUAUACAUUAGGAAGAUUAAAGAAUCAAAAAUCAGUUUUGAGUCAAAUACCACCAGCACCAGUUCCAAAUCAGAAAUAUGUCCAAUUCAAGCAUUAUUGGAUUAAAAAAGGACUUUUCAAAGUAAUUGAUCAACCUGACUAUAUUAUAACACCUUUUGUUGAAAAAAAUAUGCUUAACUUGGUUAGAGCCAUUUCUGGAAAGAGAUUUCCUGUUUUAAUUCAAGGUCCCACCUCAAGUGGUAAGACGAGUAUGAUCAAAUAUUUAGCUAACAUCAGUGGGCAUAAGUUUGUUCGUAUAAAUAACCACGAACAUACUGAUUUGCAAGAAUAUCUAGGAACCUACUUGUCAGAUGAUUCUGGAAAGCUUGUGUUUCAAGAAGGGGUUUUGGUUGAAGCAUUGAGAAACGGCUAUUGGAUUGUGCUUGAUGAAUUGAAUUUAGCACCAACUGAAGUUUUGGAAGCCUUAAACAGAUUGUUAGAUGAUAAUAGAGAAUUAUUUGUGCCUGAAACACAAGAGGUAAUUAGACCACACCCAGACUUUAUGCUUUUUGCUACCCAAAACCCCCCCGGUGCUUAUGGUGGAAGAAAAAUAUUGUCAAGAGCCUUUCGAAAUAGAUUUCUUGAACUUCAUUUUGACGAUAUUCCACAAAGUGAGCUUGAAAUCAUUCUACGUGAUAGGUGUCGCAUUGCACCAACAUAUGCUAAAAAAAUUGUUGAAGUGUAUAAACAAUUAUCCAUACAACGUCAAUCAACGCGUUUAUUUGAGCAAAAAAACAGUUUUGCUACUCUUCGUGAUUUAUUUCGUUGGGCUCAGCGUGAGGCUAUUGGUUAUGAGGAAUUAGCAGCAAAUGGUUAUAUGCUUUUGGCUGAAAGAGUUAGAAGAAGUGAAGAAAAAAAAGUCGUUCAAAAAGUAAUUGAGAAUGUCAUGAGAGUGAAGUUAGACAUGGAGAAUGUUUAUGCCAAAUUGUAUAAUCCAGAUAUAAUGAAUUUAAAAAGUUCUGUUGUUUGGACUAAAACAAUGAGAAGAUUGGUUGUAUUAGUCUCCACUGCCUUAAUCAAUAAUGAACCCAUAUUGCUUGUCGGCGAAACUGGAUGUGGAAAAACAACAGUUUGUCAACUUUUAGCUAGGUUCUAUGAAAAAAACUUGGUUACAAUCAAUGCUCAUCAAAACACAGAAACUAGCGAUAUAUUGGGUGCACAGAGACCUGUACGUAAUAAAAGUGAAUUGCAAUCUUCGAUAGUGGAAAAACUAAAUUUUAUUUUCAAUAAGUUGAACAUUGAUAUAUCAAACAUAAAGGAUUUAUCAGGCUUAUUAAAAAAAUUUGAUUUAAUAUCAAAAGAUGAAACCUAUAAAAAUGAAAUCGAUGUUGAAACCUUGAAUUUUAUUAAAAAUUGCAAACAAAAUUUGAACAUAUUGUUUGAGUGGUGCGAUGGACCACUAGUAAAUGCUCUCAAAGAAGGUAAUUUUUUUCUAUUAGAUGAAAUUUCUUUGGCAGAUGAUUCAGUUUUAGAAAGAUUAAAUAGUGUACUUGAGCCAGAACGAAACUUGUUGCUUGCUGAAAAAGGUUCUAUUGACACAAAUAUCACAGCAAAAGAUGGGUUUCAAUUUUUUGCAACCAUGAAUCCUGGAGGAGACUAUGGGAAAAAGGAGCUUUCUUUAGCACUUAGAAAUCGUUUUACCGAGAUAUGGGUUCCUUCCAUGGAUGAUUUUGAAGAUGUAAAACAAAUAGUUGUUUCCACUUUGGCAACUGAUGUUGAACAUUUAUCUAAACCAAUCACACUUUUUUCAGAAUGGUUUGGAAAAAGAUAUGGAGGAGGCAACGCAAAUAGUGGUGUUAUUUCGAUUCGUGAUAUACUAGCAUGGUGUAAUUUUAUUAAUUCAACAUACCAGAAAAUUGGUGCUAAACAGGCUUUGUUAAAUGGUGUUUCAAUGGUAUUUGUCGAUGCGCUUGGUACUAAUAAUACAGCAUUUUUAGCAGAAUCCAAAAUUAAAUUGGCUAGUGAAAAACAGGAGUGUAUUUCUAAGCUUGCUUUGUUAUCCAAUUUGGAAUUUGAUAAUAAUAUUAACGAUGGUUUUAAAGUUAUUGUAAAUGAUUCAUAUUUUACUUGUGGGUCAUUCCAAAUUGAAAUAAAAAAACUUGAAGCUGUGUCGUCUUUUAAUCUAGAUGCUCCUACAACUUCAAAAAAUGUCAUGAGAGUAAUUAGAGCCAUGCAGGUCAAAAAGCCUAUAUUGUUGGAGGGAAGUCCAGGUGUGGGAAAAACCAGUUUAAUUACAACAUUAGCCAAAGCAACUGGAAAUAAAUUAACAAGAAUCAAUUUGUCUGAACAAACUGAUUUAAUUGAUUUAUUUGGAUGCGAUGCUCCAGCAGAAGGUGGAUCAACCGGUGAAUUUACAUGGAGGGAUGCUCCAUUUUUAAGAGCCAUGAAAAAAGGAGAAUGGAUAUUGCUAGAUGAAAUGAACCUUGCCUCACAGUCUGUUCUAGAAGGUUUGAAUGCAUGUCUUGAUCAUAGAUCAGAAACUUUUAUUCCUGAAUUAAAUAAAACUUUUGUUUGUAAUCCAAACUUUGUUGUUUUUGCAGCACAAAAUCCUCAAUAUCAAGGAGGGGGAAGAAAAGGUUUACCAAAGUCAUUUAUCAACCGUUUCACUGUUGUGUAUGUUGACGUUUUAAACUCAACAGAUAUUUCAAUGAUUGUCAACCACUUAUAUCCAAAUAUGAAACCUGAUAUUUAUUCCGGUAUAAUCAAAUUUAUUGCUGAAAUUGAAGAUCAAGUUAUUAUUAAAAAGCAAUGGGGACACGAUGGAAGCCCCUGGGAGUUCAAUCUUAGAGACACAUUACGUUGGUUUGAAUUACUUAAUUCUAAAGGUAUAAGUUCUUGCUACAACCCCGAGGACUUUAUAAAAAUUGUUAUCAGUCAAAGGUUUAGACAAAAAAAAGACAGAGAAAAUGUUAACAGACUUUUUAAGAAAAUUUUUGGUCAUCUUCUUUAUCAUAGUCCAUACUUUAUACUUGGAGAAAAAUUUUUGCAGUCUGGAUUUUCUUUGAUACCAAGGAGAAGCAAAAUCCAGCAUUUCACCAAUAGUCACAUUCUUUCUUUAGGUUCAAAUCUGGAAAUUUUGGAGUCAAUGAUUAUGUCUAUUAAUAAUAAUUGGCCACUAAUUUUGACUGGACCUACAAAUUCUGGUAAAACUGAAAUUAUUCGAUAUUUGUCCUGUUGUGUUGGCUCAAAAUUAGUGGAGUUUUCUAUGAAUAGUGAUGUAGAUAGUAUGGAUAUAUUAGGUGGAUAUGAACAGGUUGAUCCUAUCAAAAAAAUCGUGUCUUUCACAACCAAACUAGAAACAUUUUUAAGACAGUAUAUUGCUGAAAGUAUUCAGACUUUACAAGCAUCUAAUGCCUCUGUUCAUUUAGCGUUUGAUAUUUUAAAUGAAGUUUUAUAUUCUUCAAUCACCAUGUCUGAUUUUGAGAACUUUCUCAGAAAAGUUGGUUCUCUUUCCACUUCUGUUUAUAAUAAAGAGCUUAAUGAUUAUAUUUCUGAAGGUUUAAGGCUUUACGAAGAGUUAAAAAACACCAAAACGGUGAAUUUUGAAUGGUUUGAUGGGCUCUUAGUAGAAGCAGUCUCAAAGGGUUAUUGGCUAGUGUUAGAUAAUGCUAAUCUUUGCACUCUGUCUGUUCUUGAUAGAUUAAACUCUUUAUUGGAAACAAAUGGUUCAUUGGUAAUCAAUGAAUGCAGUUUAGCUGAUGGCCAACCUAGAACAUUAGAACCACAUCCAAACUUUAGAUUAUUUCUUACAGUUAACCCCAAGUAUGGAGAAUUAUCUAGAGCUAUGCGUAACAGAGGUAUUGAAAUUUAUCUUGAUUGCUUGAAUAAUCGUUCAACUUCUUUUGAUUUGAAAUUGUUAGACCAGGUAUCUGAUUGUUCUUUGCCUAAAGACAAAGAUAUUUGUUUGAAUUUUGAAAAAUUAAAUAUCCAGGACUUUUCUUUUUCUAGAAAACCAAUUUCCUCAUAUAUCAAUUCAAAUGACUCGUUUUUUAGGGCUUGGUCUUUAAUGAUCGAUGCUUUUUAUUUUUCAUCAUCAGAAUUGGAAGAAGAAUUAAAUAAUGCAUGGAUUUCUUGUUUGCCCUUUAAGUUAUAUUCUUCUACUUCGGCAUUAGAAGCUACUAUCUUAUUUUCUUCUGAAUUUGAUAAAGCAUUGACUAAUAAUUUUUCAAAAUUAAGCGAAAAAUUGAAUUGUUUAACUGAAACCAAUCAAUUUUCCAAAUUUUAUGAUAGUUAUGCUUUUGCUAACAAAUUUGUGACAUCAAAUUUAGAAUUAGAUGUCAAUUUUUCACAAUAUCAAUCAGCCAACCUUUUUUUGAAUAAUUAUAUUUUUGAUGAUAUCAAUAAAAAGGUUAAUCUUCAAAACAAGUCUGAGCUUAUUUAUUUUUUCGAGCUUAUUUUCCACUUGCUUGAAUCAACAAAAAAAAUUAAAGCUAUUGAGCACAGAGCAAAAACUCUUGCUCCUUACACAUUGAAUCGUAUUGAAACAUCGGCAGCAAACUUUUUUGGUCGUGAGAUAAGAGAUAAUUUUAAAUUUCCUAUAUUCAAAUUGGUAGGAACUAUUCAUCAGUUGAUUAAAGAUACACUUCAAAAUACAUUUUCAAAAGAGCAUAAAUUUGAUAUGGAUUCUAUUUACAAAAGUUUGUUUGACUUAUAUGUUAUUUUAUCUUGUAUUUUUAUUUGCGAAGAUGAAGAAAAAUUAAGGGUCUUUUGUUUAUUGAUUAAUAAAUGGGUUCAAAGAUCUGUAAAGAGGUAUAAUAUAAAUGAUUCUUUCUUGAAAGAACUUCAACUAUUUAAUAGGGAUUUAGAAUUGUCAACAGGGAAUUCCAUGAAUAUUAUUUGGAAGCAUUUUAGAAAAGAAUAUCCCAUUUCGGAUAGUUCUUGGAAACAAUUUAAAGAUUUGGAGGUCCUAGGUAAAGAAUAUGAUUCUGUAUGUGAAAAAUUAUACGAGGAUUCUUCCAAAUCUAUAACUGAAUUGAAAAAAGUAAUUCUUAUAACACAAGAUCAAGUUGUCCAAAGUUUUAUUAAUUUUGAAGAUUUUUUGGUUAUAAAAAAUCAGUUGAAAAAUAAUAUAGAUAAGGCUUUGGAAGUUUCAAGUCUGUUUAUAAAUCAAAAAAACGACUAUUUUCAAGCAGAGUUUUAUUUAUUGCUAACUUUAAUGGAGUCUAAUAUAAUGUUAGAAAAAAAUAAAUUUAGUGUCUCUGAUGAGUUUUUCAAUUUAUCUACACUAUCUGGAAAAUCAACAAAAUCGAUUCGUCCUUAUAUUUCAAAUAAUAUCUUAAUUCCUUAUCCUGCUGUUUUGGAAUCAUUCUGGAUUUAUGAUUCUUCAUCUUAUAAAUCAAUUGUUUCAGAAGUGUUUAGUUAUUCAUUGUUUUCAAAUAUUUCUUUAAAAUGUUUGAAAUUUUAUCAAAUCCCCAGUUGCAAUCUUUUGCAAUCUUUAAGCGAGCUUAAUCUUUUAUCUAAAAAAGUUGUUGAAAAUUCUAACAUUGUUUUACAAAAUCAAUUGCAGGUUUAUAGACAGAUUUUGAUUAACUGGAUUAUUUCUAUUCUUCUUUCUCAUGAAGAAACAUUUUCUUUAGAACUUCAAAAAGAGUAUUGUGAAAUUAUCCUUGAGUUUAAAAACAAUCUUUCCAUGAAAACAAUUGAUAAUUUAUCACUAUUUGUUGGCCAAUCAAACAAUUUUAAAUUUGCUCAAAUAUUUAACCAAUUUUUUUUUUCGAUUUUGUCAGAGUUGUGUUUAAAUCAGCUAAGCUCUUCUGUUUUGGGAAAAUUAUGGGUUCUUUUUGGUUGUGCAACAGUACAGCUUUUUCUUCCAAGCUCUCCAUAUGAUCCUGCAAUUGAAGAUUAUGUAAAUUAUGAAGUUCAUAACAGGUACUCGGAUAUUAUAAACAAUAUUACUCAAUCAUGGGUAGAUAUAAGAACUGUUAUUAGUGGUGAUGAGCCAAUAGAAACUGAAAAAUAUAUUCCUAGACUUAAUGAACUAAAAGUUCCUGCCAAACCUAAGGUUUUUAGAAGUGAAGAAUCUAUUGGAGAUUUAUUUCAAGAAUGGAAAGCUUUUAUGUCAUCUUCUAUUGAUAUAGGGCCAAUAAAGUUGUUAUUAGAUGCUGCUUCUAAUAAUUCCAAAUUUUCAAACCAAAAAAUUGAAAAUUUCCAGUAUAAUUCCUCAGAGUUUUUAAAUCGUCUUGAAAAUAAUUUUGUGAUAUAUUCAGAUAUUAACGAUAUUCUAAAAGGUUUUAUUUAUUCAAUGAAGUUAGGUUAUGAUCUUAUUAAUAUAAAUCCUCAGAAAUCUUACAGUAUCUAUAACCCAUUGCACUUAAUUGGUAAUUCUGAUAUUUUGUUAAAUGUUUUGAGUGGCAUAAAAUCUUCUUCAGAUCAUGUUUUGUUAUUUUUUAUGAAAAUAUCAGAAUUUUAUAAAAUUAAUAAAAUCAAUAUUUGUUUAAAAGAUGUAUUAUUUCAGGUUUUUAAUUUACUUUACAAAAAUUGGAAGAUUGGCACAAUUCAAGAAAAACCUAAGAAUGAUGGUCUUUACAAAUACUCUGAUUUUGUUUUAAAUGAAGAAGACGAAAUUUUAGCUUUGUUUCCUGAGUACGAUAAUGAAGAUUUGCAAAAUACAUCUGAUCAGAUUGAUGAGACAAAAGAAAAGCUUUCCAAGAAAAUUGUUUUUUCAUACAUUGGAAUGUUUUUAGAUGAAAAAAAUAACAUGGAUAUAAGUGAAGUUGUAAAUGAGCUUUUAAGUCUCCAUAAUAAUUUGAAGGACAAAACCAUAUUAAAUGGAUCGGAUCCAUCGACUUUAAUGAUAUUGAUUUAUCAAAUUGAAAAUGUUUUAUUAUCCUAUGAAACCAAUAUCCAUGAUAAUGAUAUUGACUUUUAUUAUGGGUCUUGUCCUCAAGAACUUAAAAGAUCAAUCAAAAUUAUUGAGAAAUUACAGGGACGAAUCAAUGAUCUUUUAUUACAAUGGCCUGAACAUGCCACACUAGGAAUUAUAUUCAGAUCGUGUGAAGAGUUUUUGAAGUUUGCAAGCUCGACACCACUUGCAAGACUUAUUAUGAAGAUUGAACAGAUUUAUACGCACAUUGUUGAAUGGGAAAAGUAUGCACAUCAAAAAAUUUCUUUAAAGUUGCAAAUGAAUGAAAUAAUUGAAUUGAUUGUCUCAUGGAGAAGAUUGGAGUUGAAAUCUUGGAAAUCGUUAUUUGAACAUGAAGAACAAGCUCAAAAUAACGAUUUAUCCAAAUGGUGGUUGCACCUAUUUGAAGUUUUGAUUCUUCCAGUCACUAAAGAAACCGAAAAAAGUCCUUUGGAGUUUGUUUCAGUUCUUGCUGGGUUUUUGUCUCAAUCUUUGUAUGGACAAUUUUCCAGUCGAUUAAAAUUGUUAAAGGCAUUUUACAAUCAUAUGAAACUUUAUGCUAUCAAUGCUAUUUAUUUAAACCCACUUUAUAAUCUUAUAGGAUUCUUUGAAAAUUUUGAACCACAGAUAACAACUUAUAUUGCUAAAGGAAAAAAGAAGUUGGAAAAAGACAUGAACGAAGUGAUUGUUCUAGCAAGCUGGAAAGAUGUUAAUAUAGAUGCUCUCAAACAAAGUGCUCAUAAGUCUCAUAAAAGUCUUUACAAAAUUGUCAGAAAAUAUAGAGAUCUUUUGUCUAAGCCAAUUGCAGAAAUCAUUGAAAAUGGAUUACCAAAAUCGUUGAAAGACUCCAAAAGUAACACUAAUUUUUCUUUUGGUGUUAAAUCAGCUCAAUUGAAUCAUGGAAGCAAUGCCAAUAUUGAAACUUUGAAAAAAUUAAGCACCUGGAAAUCGCUACCCAAAAUUUUUGAAAACACAGAGAAAUUAGAUGAAAAACUUUUAGGCUUUAAUGAAAAAUUCAAUUUGGAAGAUUUUCCAAAUUUAUAUGAGUUUGCAACUGAUCUUAAAGAAAAUAUGGAUGCAUUGAGAAAAGAAACAUAUAGUCAAAAAGAAACCAAAGAAAAAAAGGGAUCAUCAAGAGCAAGAAAAAUGAGAUUAUUGAAUGAUACAAUUAAACAAUUGAAAAGAUUUGGUUUAAAGGUUAAUAUUAGAGCUGAUAUUCACAAAAUGCAAACCUCGUCUAUUCUAAUUUUAAGUCAAAUAAAAUCAUUUGAAGGGACUCUGUUAGAAAAACUAGAUAAAUAUUUUUUCAGAAUUAUUGAUUUAUUACCUCGGUUGAGAAAUUCUGUAAUAAAUUGCAAUGAAAGUGCUCCUAAAGCUGAAAUUCAAAAAGGACUAGCAAUAAUCCAAAAUCUUGUUUUCAGUUUAAAUAAUUUUAGAAAACCUUUGAGUAAAUUAGCAUUUUUCAAAGAGGAAUUUGAAUCCACACUUAGUACAUUUAAAAAUAUAUCUAAAUUACCUAAUGAUGGUGAUUUUUUAAUUGGUUGUAAUGAAAUUAAAAUUAAUGAUGAAAAUUGCAUAUUUAUAGCCCAGAGUUUCAUUCAUGUUUUGAGUCUUUCAAUUAAGAUUAUCAAUUCUUCGACAAAAUUUGCUCCUAACAUUCAAAGCAGUACACUUGUUGAUAUAAUAAUUUUUGCUAAAAAUGCAAUGUCUGAAUUUUUAGAAAAAUUUCAAAAGAAUAACUUUGAAAUAUAUUAUAAUUCAAAUAAAUUAGCCAUUGAACAAUUUAAUUAUUGCAUAGACAUUUUGAAAAACAAGCUUGAGAAUUGGAAAUCCAAUAGCAAUAAUUUAAAUUAUAUUGCCAAUACAUUAUUGGACUGGUGUGAAUCAAAGAUAGGUGCUUUAAAUUCAAUUAAUAUUGUUUCAAUAAAUCAAGAAAAUAUUGAAGAAUUGUUUAAAAAGCAUAUUAAUAUCUCUACAUUAAUUAUUUUAAGUUUCCAGGAAAUAAAUAAAUUAAGAGAAACUGAAGUUGCAUCGGAAGAUGACGAUAAAUGGUUUAAUAAAAUAGAAGAAAAAUUCAAUCGAUACUAUUCAUCGCUUAAUUUUAAAAAAAUUAAUUAUCAUUUAUGCAAAUAUCUUGAGCAAAUAAGUAAGAUGAAUCAAAAUAAAGAAACUUCAAGAAUUUUAAGUUUAAUUUUCUCCUUUUUUUAUCCUGUUAUUGAUAGAUAUUAUGAGUUAGUUCAAAUUAUUUGCAAAAAAUUUAGCGAAAAUUACUUUUACACAAGUAAGGCUUCAUAUUUAUUAUCCAAUGCGCUUUAUGAUGUUUCAAGUAAUGGGUUUUGUACUUCAGAAGAAGAUGAAGAUGAAGAUGAAAAGGAGUCUGAUGAUGUUGAAAAUGGAACUGGGUUAGGUGAUGGAAACACUGAAGGUGCAUCAAACAGUAAUAAGGAUCUAGAUGAAGAAGAUCUAGAUGAGGAUGCAUUGGCCUCGAAUAAGGAAAAUGAAAAGCAAGAUAAUGACGAUAAUCAAGAUGAAGAGGACAAUGCAGCGGAGAUUGAUGGAGAGAUGGGAGGUGAAAUGGAAGAAGCUCCAGAUCAAAAUCAAGAUGAUGAAGAAAAUGAAAAGGAUGACAAAAAUGAAGAUAGUGAUCUUGAAGAAGAAUUGGACAACAUUGAUGAUUUAGAUCCAAAUGCAAUUGACGAGAAAAUGUGGAAUGAUGAAAAAGAUGAGGAUAUUAAAGAGAAAGAAUCCAAUGAUUUACCCGAAAAUGAGCAGGGAGAAAAAGAAAUGCAAGGAAAAGACGAAGAUGAGGAUAUUGAUGUUGAAAAGAAAGAUGAACAAAAAGAGAGAGAAAAAGGAAAUGAUAAAUCUAGUGAAGAAACAGAUGAAAAGGAAGAAGACGAAGAGGCAAGCGAUAUUGAUGAUGUAGGAGAACAAGAGGAUGAAGUUAAAAAUGCUGAGAAUGAAGAUAAGCUUGAUGAUAAUGUUAAAGAAUCUGAAGUUUUAGAAAUUUCUAAUGAUUUGAAUCUUGAUGAUGAGGAUGAAAAAGACAGUGAGAAUGAGAAUGAAAACAAUGAAGACGAUGAAGUAGAAUUUGAGGAUGGUCUCGAUAAAAUGAUGGAAGAAGAUUCUAAGGAUACAAACCAAGAUAAUAAGGAUGAAAAUAAUGAAAGUGAAAAUGAGGAUGAAUUAGUCAAUUUGGAAAAUCAUGUCAAUGAGGAUAAAGAAGAUAAUGAAGACAAUAAAAAUAAUGAAAAUAAUGAUGAUGAUAUAGGUAAAGAUGAAAUGAUGGAUAUUGAUAAAGAAAAUCCAAAGAAAGAGAAUGAUAAAGAUGAUAAAGAUUAUUCCAAAGAGCCUAAUAUUGAAGGAUUAGACGGAUUGGAUGAAGAAGAUAUUAAUGAUAAAGAUAAGGAAGAUGCAUCAGGGAAACAAAAUUUUGGUGAACAAGGAGAAGGAAGUGAUAUGGAAGUUGAUAAUGAAGAAGAAAAUUUGGGAAUGAAUCAAGGAAUUAGUAAAAGCAUUGAAAAUAAAGACAAAGAAGAAGAGAAAGAAAAGGACAAAUUGAAAGAAGAGAAUGGUGAGGAUAAUUUCAAUCAAAAUGACCAAGCUCGUGAAGAUAUCAGUAAAUCAUUAAAAGAACUUGGAGAUUCUUUAAAGGAGUUUUACCGUAGAAAUAAAGAAAUUCAAGAAGCUAGUAAUAAGGAAGAUGAAAAUGAUAAAGACAAUAAUGAAGAAAAAUUAAAUGAAAAGCCAGAUGAGUUUGAGCAUUUAAAUGGUAGAAACUCUGAGAACGAUACCCAAGCAUUAGGAGCAGCAAAUAAAGAAGAAAUUCGAUCUAUCGAUGAAGAUAAAGUCAUUGAAGAAAUGGAAGAGGAUUAUAGAAAAGAAGAUUUGGAUAAAAAAAGAAAGGAAAUUAAUGAUAAAGACAAAGUCGAUGACAAAGAAAAGAAAUUGGAGGAUGUUGUGUAUGAUGGGACAAAUAAAGGGGAUGGAAUAGAGGAUAAGAACGAUAAGAAUGAAGAUGAAGAGACCCAAAAAGAAAACGAUGAUUUGAUGAUAGGCGAACAAUUAAGACUUGAUGAAGAGCUGGAGGAAUCUGAUGAGGAUGAAAGAGAUCUUUGGAAUGAUAAUGAAAAUGAGAAUCAGAGUAAGAAUAUAGAAGAUGAGAACACUGAGCCAGUUAUUCCGAUUGAAGAUAGUCGCGAGAUUUGGAGACAGUGUGAAAUGAAUACUCAAGAGUUAUCAGGCAGGUUAUGCGAACAGUUGAGAUUAAUUUUGGAACCAACAUUAACAAGUAAAUUAAAGGGAGACUAUAGAACUGGAAAAAGAUUAAAUAUGAAGAGAAUUAUUCCAUAUAUUGCUAGUGAUUUCCGAAAGGAUAAGAUUUGGUUAAGAAGAAAUAAACCCAGUAAGAGACAAUACCAGAUUAUGAUUUGUAUUGAUGACUCCAAGUCUAUGGUUGAAAGCAAAGCAGACAAGUUGGCAUUUGAGAGUAUAUGUUUGGUUUCUAAAGCGUUAAAUCAAUUGGAAAGUGGAGAAUUGAGUAUUAUUAAAUUCGGAGAAAAGAUUCGAGUUUUGCAGGAUUUCAAGGAUACAUUUUCAAUAGAAAAGGGAGCUAGGAUCUUGCAAUGGUUUGGGUUUGACCAAACAAAAACCGAUGUGAAAAUCUUGAUCGAGGAGAGCAAGAAAAUAUUCAACGAAAACCGAAGAAGAUUGCAGAACCAGGAACUAUGGCAAUUGCAGAUUAUCAUUUCGGAUGGUGUGUGUGAGGACCACGAAAGCAUUCAGAGGAUGGUUCGCCGGUGCAAGGAAGAGAAAAUCAUGGUUGUGUUUGUGAUUAUCGACAGCAGAUCGAGCGACAGCAGCAGUGGGAAAGAGUCGAUCUUGGAGAUGAGCCAGGUGAGAUAUGUGAUGAACAAUGGAACAACCAGCUUGAAGAUCAACAAGUACCUCGACAGCUUCCCCUUCGAGUUCUACGUGGUGGUGCGCAACAUCAGCGAGCUUCCCGAGAUGUUGUCGAUUAUCCUCCGACAGUACUUCAGCGAGCUUGCCAACGUGUGAGCAUUGUGAGCAUUGAUAUAAGUGAUAUAAGCGAUAUAAAUUGUGGUUAUAAUGAAUGUGUAGAGCCCUAGAGGAGAGCCCUGG